AUGGACACUACUGCUGGCGAUCCGUUGACGACCAAGAGCAAAGUCCUCGAGACAGGAGCUGCACUCACUCAGGAUUUCUCUCCAAUCAAGAAUGUCUGCGCGCAUCUCAAUGCCUUCCACGCGUACGCUUCCGACCCAACAAGGUCUGUUGAAGCGAACCACUACUGCAGUCAUCUCACAGAAGAUGUCCGGCAGUGCCUCCUCUACGAUAGCCCCGAACCCAAUGCUCGUCUGCUCGGCGUCGAGUACAUGAUCACUCCCAAGCUGUACGAAACCCUCGACCAGGAUGAGCGCCGGCUCUGGCACAGCCACGUCUACGAGGUCAAGUCCGGCAUGCUCUUCAUGCCGCGGCCGACCGAGAGGAGCGGCGCACUGAGUCUGAUGCCCGAGGCCGCGUGGGAGGCAGCCGAGACUGCGGAAAUGGAGGACGUGAUCCAUCUGUACGGCAAGGUGUACCAUCUGUGGCAGGUGGACAAAGGCCACAAGAUACCCUUGGGCGAGCCCCAACUCAUGACAAGCUAUGUGGCGGAUGGGCAGCUGGACUUUGAGACCAAGGUCGCGGAUCGGGACAGGCGCUUCGGGAUCGACUACAAACGAAAGCAGGAGAUUCGACGCGGUAUUAAGGAGCCGGAGAUCCAUCCCGACGCCGAUUAUACAUGGAAAAAGGAGUAA